AUGGCUGACACGCCCGCCGAGAAGACCGACGCUCCUGUGUCUGUUGCGGAUGCUCCCGAAGCUACAACUACCGAUACCAAGAAGACUGAAUUGAGCGAGCCCAAGACUGAUGACAAAGAGGCUCCCAAAGAAACCGAGGAAACAAAGGAAAGCGCCCCAGACGCGAAGGCAAAUGAGGAAGUGAAGCCUGCCAAAGAGGGCGAGACUGAGGCCCCCAACGCCACUGAGCCCUCUGCAGCUGAAGCUGACCAGUCAACGGCCGAGGCUGACACGUCGGCCAUCAAAACACCAUCUGCCAAAACACAAAAUAACCGCCGCAAGUCUGGGGGUGCAGGCUCGACCCGCAAAUCGUUGAGCAAGAAGGCCUCCAAAAUCCGCAUCACCCACCUCGACGCCAAGCCAGGCGACCACUUUCUGGUGAAGCUUAAAGGCUUUCCGGAAUGGCCAGCAAUUAUUUGCGAGGAGUCGAUGCUUCCACCCGCGCUGCUCAACAGCCGCCCAGUGACCGCGGCGCGCCCCGACGGCACCUACGCUGAAGCCUACGCGGACGGCGGCAAGCGCGUCAAUGACAGGAAUUUCCCCGUCAUGUACCUGUUCACCAACGAAUUCGGCUGGGUUGUCAACACGGCCCUUACCGAGUUAACUCCCGAAAUGGCCGAGAAUGCUAUGAACGGCAAGAUUCGAAAGGACCUAAAGGCGGCGUUCGAGCUUGCAGCCGAGAAGCAUCCCAUCGAUUACUACAAACAGAUCCUCCAGCAAUUUGAGGACGACAGAAUUGCACAAGAGGAGGCUGCCAAGGCCGCAGCGGCCACCCCCAAGAAGUCCAAGAAGAGCAAACCCAAGGCCAGCGACGUAGAUGAGGAUGUGGAAAUGGCAGACGUUUCAGAGAGCGCAAAGGCUAAGACCAAGAAGCGCAAGGCUGAAGAGGAUGCUGCUACACCCCAGCGCCCCGAUUCUGUCAAGAAGCCCAAGAUUAAGCUUAAUACGUCUUCAACUCCCAAGGCAGCCAAUGGCACAUCCAAACCACAAAACAAAGAGGCGUCAGCGUCUAAGCCCAGCAAGGCCAAGUCGAAGCCCGGCGAGAAGAAAUCGGCCGGAUCCAAAGAUGCCAAGCUGACCCCUCAAGAGCGCUUGGCCCGCAAGGAGAAAGAAGUUCUGUACCUCAGACAUAAGCUUCAACGUGGUCUUUUGACUCGUGAUCAGAUUCCUCAGGAAAGCGAGAUGGACCAAAUGGUGGAGUAUCUCACCAUCCUAGAGAACUUUGGCGCCAAUUUGGAGGUGCCAAUUAUUCGAGCAACAAAGAUCAACAAGGUUAUGAAGGCAAUUCUAAAGCUCGAUUCCAUCCCUCGUGAGGAGGAGUUCAAGUUCAAGUCUAGGGCACAGGCUCUUCUUGAUCAGUGGAAUAAGCUGAUGGCUGGCGAGGGCUCAGCUGCGACCAAUGGUGUUAAUGGCGCCUCCGAGGACCAUGCCGAACAAAAGAAAUCUGAGGAACCUAAGGCGAAGAGCGAAUCCGAGAAGCCCUCUGAAGACCAGACUGGCGCGAAGGAAGCUCCAGAGGAGCCAAAAAAGGCCCAGGAGAUCCCAGCCACUGAGGAGAAAGAGGAAUCGGCAACUGGAGAUAAGGCCAACAAGACCACCGAGGUCACGGCAUAA